AUGGAAGAAGGAGGAGGAGGAGGUGUUGACGGUGGGUGUGGAAGUUUACAGAAUAAGCCUGUUCUGUACAAACCCAGUCCGCCAUUGACAGCCAUAGACAGGUUCUUGUGGGGUCAAAGUCAAAUCAUUUCUGUACAAAAACAAACUGAUCGUCAUCGAUCUCAGCAGGUCGAGGAAAAAGAGAAUGUGAUUUGUGCAGAUGGGAUGUGCAGUUUCUCUAUGUGUAGUGGUGGUAGUACUGGUGUGGGCGCAGGUAGGUUUUCUCCAUUGCCGAGUAAUUGUAACCAGGAGGACAGCUUUGUUGAUGGGCUUUAUUCAGGAGAAAGUAAUCUGAAUUGGAGUGGUAGCAGACAGGAUAAAAGAAACCGUAAAAUGGGUUUGAAAGAAAGGAAAGUUGCUGGGAAGAAGAGAAGCAAGAAAGCGUCUUCUGUGAUUUUGAUCAAAGGCCAAUGGACAGAUGAAGAAGACAGAAAACUGAUUAAGUUGGUGAGGCAAUAUGGAGUGAGAAAAUGGGCUCAGAUAGCCGAGAAGCUGGAUGGAAGAGCAGGAAAACAGUGUCGAGAGAGAUGGCAUAACCAUCUUCGUCCUGACAUCAAGAAAGAUAGCUGGAGUGAAGAAGAAGAGAAGAUGUUAGUAAAAGCUCAUGCAAAAGUGGGCAACCGGUGGGCUGAGAUUGCAAAAUUGAUUCCUGGAAGAACAGAAAAUUCAAUAAAGAACCAUUGGAAUGCCACAAAAAGAAAACAAAAUUCAAGGAGAAAAACCAGGCAAUCUUCAGCCCCAAACAACAACAAUAAAAACCCUAAUGGUAAACCUCAGUCUUCUGUUCUUCAAGACUAUAUCAGAAGCAAAACCCUAAACCAGUCAUCUCCUAAGCUCCUCACCCCUACAAAUUCAUCAACCCACUUCAUCACAGCUCGCCAGAUUAAUCUGCCUGAACAAUCUGAAUCCACCAUUACCAAUGACUAUCAUUCUUCUAACUCAGCUUCUUCUCCUGCUCCAUUGUUGAGUUAUGAUCAUAACAACACUGCAUGUGAUGAUGAGUUGCUGUUCAUACAAAACUUGUUCGCAAACGAUCCUCAUCACUACCAUCAAUUAUACUCAAAUCACGACAAUAGAGUCUUCCCAAUAGAUGAUAACAGUAACCCAUUGAUGGAGGUAGCUCUUGCGGAAUCAUUUGAUGCUGAUCAUAAUCUUGUAACCACCACCUCUACUGCUGGCAAUGAUGGAGUACGUCAUGAUCAUCAACAGCAACUCGCUGAAACUGGGUACCCGGAUUACUAUAAUCAUCUUCAAGCUGCAGAAGAGAAUAAUAAUAAUACUCAGACAACCCACCUGCAUUCCGACCUCUACCUGUCUUUUCUUUUAAAUGGGUACUCUGCAACUUCUUCGUAUCCUUCAUCUUCCAAUUUCCUACUCGGUUAUGGCGGCUGCAACGGCAGUGAUCACGCUACUGAUGACCAGCUCCUUGCAUGCCAAGCAGCUACUAAUUCUUCUUCAAGUUGUGGGAGGAAGGAGAUGGAUUUGAUAGAAAUGGUUUCGUCCUCUCAGAUUUCUCAGUGUAGCAACUUUAGUUAA